GCCUCGCCCUGUGUGCGCCCUCACCGCUGCCCACCACGCCCACCACGCCCGCAGCACCCGCCCACCGGCCCGCCAUCGCCAUCCAUCUCCAGCUCGCGUCCUCUUGCACGCGAACAUGACCACGAAAUCUGCAAAGACUCUCGUCGUCACGCUCAAGCUGCCCGCAGACUCUCUGGCCCGCUUCGUCCGCCAGCCCACGCCCGCCCCCAGCGACGACGCAAACCCCUCGCCCCCAACGCCCUCGCCGCCGCACAUUGUCGAGCCCGAGCCCGCCGACACGCCCGCCGACUCUGCCUCCAACAUGAACGACCCCGGCACCCCGUCGUCGCUCGCCCCUCCCUCUGCCAAGCGGAAGGGCCCCAAGCUAGGCACCAAGCGCACCGCCGCCCAGAUGGAGGCGGGCUCCAACCCCGGCACCCCCAAGCAGCCAAAGGCCAAGCCCGGCCCCAAGAGGAAGAAGAUGGGCGACAUCAUCAACGACCCCAACUCCAAGACGCCCUUUGCCGCCCCCGCAGCCAUCAGCAAGGCCGGCCCAAAGGCCAAUCUCGGCGCCAUCAACGAGCGCCUGCGUGCCCUCGACCGCUCCGGCGCAAAGUGUCGCCGCUGGGAGAAGAAGACGUUCCAGGUCCGCAGCUUCACCGGCGUGCUCUGGCAAGUGCCCACCUACCAGCCCGGCCGGAAAUCCGCCUUCCCCGAUGAUGUCAAGAGCGACACCACCGGCACCAGCGACUCCAAGCUCAAGGACGAGAGCAGCGCAAUCAGCGACAAGAGCGGCCUCAAUGGCGACAGCACCUCUGUCCAAACCCCCAUGAACGGCAUGGCCAGCUCGCCCGCUCCUAUUGCUGCGUGAGCACCAUUAAUUUCUCUCUUCUUUUUUUUUUCCCUUUGUCUACCACAUGAUGCACACGCGGCCUAUGUUGCCCCUUUUGCAUGGAGACCAAAUUCUUGCCGCAUGUUUUUUUUAUAUUCACUUUGUAUCUUCGACCAUGUUGGGAGUUUACGGAUGGCAUUGACUGCCUGUCUAAAAGGCGUUUGGUUUCAAGGGCAUAUCCGACUUGCCCAGAGCAAGGCGAAGAAGCAUGGCGCAUGACCAGGGGUCCCGAAUUACUAUUAUAUUUGUACUGGAUAGAGACGCAGA